AUGGAAGUACACUAUUACAGUGACAUUACGCGCGCCUACCAUACGAACUACGUCCGUAAUUCCCGCGCCGUCGCCGUUCUUUGGGGCAUAUUUACCGUCUGUUUUGCUCUUCUUAACAUCGUCGUCUUUAUCCAGCCACAGUGGUUUGGAGACACAAUUGAAUCACCGGAAAUUGGUUUCUUUGGCUUAUACGAAUACUGUGAAAAGGCCCAGGUUGCUGCCGAUUUCAGCUGCAAAGGAGAAUUCACUAAUUUUGAGACAAUCCUGAACGGUUCAUUUAAAGCUUCCGGAUUCUUUGUUGGUGCCUCUGCACUACUUUUUCUCAUUUGCACUGCUUGUUUAUUGCUAUUCUUCUUCCUCAACACGGCCACUGUGCUUCAGCUGUUCAAAUCUAUCUACAUAUCUACCUCAGUCUUAUUCUUAUCUAUCUAUCUAUCUAUCUAUCUAUCUAUCUAUCUAUCUAUCUAUCUAUCUAACCCUUAUUCUUAUCUAUCUAUCUAUCUAACCCUUAUUCUUAUCUAUCUAUCUAUCUAUCUAUCUAUCUAUCUAUCUAUCUAA